UGCCGCCGGAGCCGAGGCGCCGGGCAGCCCGGCGGGCGGCCGCCGCACCAUGAGCGCCGAGUGCAGCAGCUACCUCAACGCCGACAAGGUGCUGGUGAGCGGGUUCAGCUGCCCGCGGACGGGCGGCGACGCCGGCGCCGUGUACUGCUGCGGCUUCCAGGACGUCAAGUACUGCUGCGAUGACCCCCACAGCUUCUUCCCCUACGAGCACAGCUACAUGUGGUGGCUCAGUGUUGGAGCACUUGUGGGCCUGUCGAUAGCAGCAGUGGUCCUCUUUGCUUUUAUCAUCACUGUGUGUGUUCUCUGUUAUUUGUUUAUCAGCACGAAGCCACGCAGCAAACUGGAUACUGGUUUAAGCUUACAGAUGGCAGACAGUGAGACUAGAGGGAGUUCGAUAUGUUAAAAAACAGAGGCACUGGAUGGAUUCCACCAAUGCUGUAAUGAAAAUAGAUACAGAGCUGCAUCCUUCACAAGGCCUCCACUGAGACAAGUUGUUGAUAAAGCCAAGUGGCUUCAAGAGAUUUCCUGAGCCACAAGGAUGAACUGUGACUGUGAGCUACAAGAACCUGACUCACACUUCCAGAGGUGUUUCCUGGCUAUUACAACCACUAUGGAUAAUAAUAGGCCAAUCUGAAGCUGCGCUGGGAUAUGUAUUUGUGUAUGGUUACUGUACUGAGAAGUAGUAUAUUUUGAUUUGCACAUAUCAGCUACUGCUGCUAGUCAUUUUCAUGCAAAUUGUUGUCUUUAUCCCAUGUAAUUCUAAUGAGAUAACACAGUUGUCAAGCAGAGCAGAAUUUGGCACACCAUGUUGACCAAGCCUUAUUUCAAGCUUUGCCUGUGUGCCAUCUUAACGUGGUGUCUUCA